UGGCAAGGUGUGGAGGGAGGAGAUGCAAAUAGCGAGGGCCCGUUCAGUGACCUCUCCGACGCAGAUGCAUGGGAAAUGGAAGGCGACUUUGACGAUAUGAUAGCGUCGAGUGUGGUUGAUGCCAAGGGAACGAAAAUAAUUCCAGUAAUCGACGUGGAUGCCGACUCGAGUGAAUCGCAACCGGAGCUUGAAGCCGAUACGACUCCAACCGUCAGCAGCAGUUCGGCGAAACAAAGAGCAACGCGCAAACCUAUUCCAGGGCCCGCAGUACGAAUGCAGUGGGCAAAAGCAAAGCAGGCUGCGCCAAAACGGGACGAAUACGCCGUGUACGGGGAAUAUGUUGGUGAAAAGCUGCGAAACGCCGGUAAAAGCCGGCUCGAAAUCGCCAGGGCACAGCAGGAUAUAGAGGCGAUAUUCAUUAAACUAGAGAGCGGAAUAUAUGGAAAGCCUGGGUAAAAAUCGAAUAUCAAAAACUAAACCACCAAACAUUCCUUCACCCACAGGCCGAACAAAAG